AGUCCCUAAGCUGCUCGCGUGGACAGACAGACAGUUUUGAGAGUGAGAGCUCUCUAGCACGUCUCUGAGAAGCGGAGCAGAGGGAAGCCUGUGGUGACCCGAUCUUAUCAUGGAACUGGACGACUUUGAUCCUGAAGACAAAGAGAUACUGAGCUGGGACAUUAAUGACAUGAAACUGCCACAGAACGUGAAAAAGACGGACUGGUUCCGGGAGUGGCCGGACUCGUACGUGAAACACAUCUACAGCUCGGAGGACAGGAACGCACAGCGCCACUUGAGCAGCUGGGCCAUGCGCAACACCAACAACCACAAUUCCCGCAUCCUCAAGAAGUCGUGCCUGGGGGUGGUGGUGUGUAGCCGGGACUGCUCCACCGAGGAGGGCCGCAAGAUCUACCUGAGGCCUGCCAUCUGUGACAAAGCCCGGCAGAAGCAGCAGAGGAAAAGCUGUCCCAACUGCAAUGGCCCUCUGAAGCUUAUUCCCUGCCGAGGCCACGGGGGCUUUCCGGUCACCAACUUCUGGAGGCACGACGGCCGCUUCAUAUUUUUCCAGUCGAAAGGAGAGCAUGACCAUCCCAAGCCGGAAACCAAGCUGGAAGCGGAGGCAAGGAGGGCAAUGAAGAAAGUGCACAUGGCAUCCGCCUCUGGCUCCCUGAGGAUGAAGGGGAGCCCAGAAACAAAGGUUCUUCCAGGUGAAAUACCGAGUCAGGGAAGUUUACCUUUAACUUGGUCAUUCCAGGAAGGCGUCCAACUGCCCAGCAGUUACAGCACACCUUUAAUAGCUAACGCCCCCCAGCAGAACUCCCUGAAUGAUUGCCUAUCCUUCCCCAAGAGUUACGAUUUGGGGGGAACCACUGAGCUGGAAGAUCCAACUUCCACCUUGGACUCCACUCAGCUCUAUGAGAAAUUCAAAUUCUCCAGCGGAAGGCUCUACAGCGCUGAAGACCAGUUUCAGCCUCCUGUCCCUGGGGUCUACACAGAUUAUGACGACUUACAAGCCUGGAAUAAAAAUGCUGCUGCCUUAGGGAGAAAUCCUAACGAUGAGCCCUGCUACCCCAGCUAUCCUCUGCCCGUGACCGGCUGGCCCUGCGACUUCUUUCCCUCGCAGAGCUCUUUGGAGCCCUUGGCCCAACAGAUUCCACUGGAGGCCCCUGCAGCCCCGAAUGGCUGUCAUCCGCCGUGGUCCAAUCCAGGAGGUGAGCCUUAUGAAGAGAAAGUGCCUAUGGAUUUCAACAGCUACGUGCCUUCCCUCACGUACCACUCACCUCAGCAGGACCCCUUUCUGCUCUCCUACGUCCAUCCUCAGCAGCAAUACCCUCUGCCCAGCAGGAGCAGCAAGUGGGAUUUUGAUGAAGAGAUGGCCUGCCUGGGUUUGGAUCACUUCAACAAUGAAAUGUUUCUAAACCUCUGUCCUUUAAGAUGACUCAACAUCCCCUCCCCCGACACCACCACCAAAUCGUGAUUGGUUAAGGGGUUGGAAGGCUAUCCUUAGAAAAUGGGUUUCAAAACAUAGCCUUGGAGAAGUGUUGGAAUCAUGACAAGCAGGAGACAAGACUUUUGUUUUUUAAUCUAGCUAGUUUUUUCACCUCGCCAGUGCUACUGUGUUUACCUGUAGGAAGGAAUAAAAACUCACUUGUGCCAGGUACAGUGGCACACACCUUUAAUCCCAGCACUCGGGAGGCAGAGGCAGUUG